UAGAGAUGUACGGGGUAAGAUUGUCAUAAUUCAGUAUUAGCAAGCUACCAGUUAGCUAGCUAACAUUGGUCCAGCUAGCAUCAAAAUAGCUAUAAACCUCGCAUAACUGGUAAAUAUUCAAAUACAUGAAUCAUUCGUGUUUAUUGUGCACUUACUCGCUAAUAUAAGAAACUAUUGUUUUCUAGUGAUGAACAACAGUGCUUGAUGUGUAGCUAUUGAAAAUUACGGAUAGUUCUGUCAUGCCUUUAGCUCUUUUAGGGAAGAGAAGCGUUGAGGAUUUUCUUGCCUUUAUCAUGCAUACAAGGAGGUCAACCAGUGCCCGAGGACUAGCGAGGCGACUUACACACUUGUCUCUAACAUGUCAACUCAGCAUUCCUGAACAGGCUAUUAACUGUCAGAAUGUUGAAUCAACUUCCCCUUUAAUUUACUUUACCUGUUGUCCACUUAUUUUGACUUUAUGUAGGAGGUAAUCUGAGCCAUAAUAGCCACAGGGAAGUGUUAUUAGCCCGUUUUUCAUACACUGGUCUGUACAGUAUAUGGUUGGUAUUUCCGGUUUUUAUUUUCAAUACUGAUGCAAUUCGCACGUGACAAACACUUGCACAACCUACCAGCGCCGCAAAGGUCGGUUUAACAACCCUUUCCAUCCUCCUACCGCCAAAAGGACUAACAGCAGUAAUGGAGUUCCCCCAGCAUGCCCUGCAGCUCCUGUCAGGCCUGCGUUCUCAGCGCCAGCGUGGGUUCCUGUGCGACUGCACCGUCUUCGUGAGUUCCUCACGUUUCCUGGCCCACCGCGCUGUCCUGGCCUCCUGCUCUCCAUUCUUCCACAUGUUCUACUCUGAUCCCCCAGGGGGCGCCGGGGCCAGCUCGGUCACGCUGGACGGGGACAUUGUGACGGCGGCGGCGUUCGGCCUGUUGUUAGACUUCAUGUACGAGGGUGUGCUGCGGCUUGAGGCCCCUCCCCCAGCAGAGGACGUACUGGCGGCGGCAAGCUUCCUCCACAUGAACGAGGUGGUCCGGGUGUGUAAGAGACGGCUACAGCACCGACCUCCACCAGCUGAGGCAGACAGCACGCGCCCGGAGGAGAGUGGAGUGGUGGUGGUGGGUGGUAGUGGACCCGGAGUCGGCAUGGUGGCAACAGGAGCUGCCAAAGUGGUGGCUAUGGCGAUGUCAGUGUCUGCGUCAGUGGCGAUGCAGAGAAGCCAGUUGGGCUGUUAUACGAGGUCAGAGAGGAGGGUGGAGGUUCAUGCCCCUCUGAGCCCUGACAUGGCCGACACCACCCAGCCGGGCAUGGACCACGCCCUCCUUCAUGUGGGUGAGCUGGUUACCCUCUCCUCCGGCCCCUCUCUCAGGCUGGGGGGUCAGAGAGAGGGUCAGGGGGGCUCGGCCCUUUGCAGCCCCUGCAGCUCCACAGAGUCAUACAAUCUCAGCAGCCACCAUCGCCAGCCCUCUUCAUCAGCAGCUGCAUCAUCAGUGGUACCUGUGACCCAGACUGAUGGCUCCAGCUCCAUGGUGGGGAUACUGACCCAGUCCGACCACAGCAGCUCCUCCAGCCCAGAACAGGACAGUCAUGACCCUGUCUCUAACAAGAACACAGUCAUCACACCAGGCAUACAAUGCCAGCAGCAUGGUCUCAGUAUCAACACACACCCUCAGAUUAGAAUACAGCCUCCACACUCUCUCCUCACCUCACCUCCCAACCUGAACCUUGUACCCCAUCAGGGCCAAACCUCAGCCCUGUCCAGGCCUGACGGGCUGCAGCAUGGGGGGUCAGAGAGGGAGAGCAAGGAGACUAGUGAACACUCUAACAUGGGGACUGUGGGAGUGGAGCAGGGGGAAGGGGUGAAAGUAAAGGUGGAGGCCAUAGUGAUCUCAGAUGAGGAGUUUGAGGAGAUGGAAGGGGUGAUGAUAAGGAGAGGAAUGAAUGGGGGUAGAGAACGAGGGAUGAUGGAGGUAGAGGACAGGAAUGAGUUUAACGAUGAUAAUAAAGACAGAGAUGAACUGAACAACCCCCACUUCCUCCCUCCUCACCCCCACCACGCCUCACACCAGAUGACCCACCCCUCUGAGCCUUUCUCCUUCUCUUUCUCCCCCUCCGGGCCUGGCUCCACCUCUUCUGACGCUCCCCCUUUCCCAUCCUCCCUCUUCCCCUCCGUGGGCCAACAUUCCGACCAGCCCGUCUACUUCCAGGAUUCCAUGGGGAACUACGUCGAGGACGUCCCCACGUGCAGUGUCUGUGGGAAGACGUUCUCGUGCGCGUACACCCUGAGGCGACACGCCAUCGUGCACACACGCGAGCGCCCCUAUGAGUGCCGCUACUGUUACCGUAGCUACACGCAGUCAGGUGACCUGUACCGCCACAUUAGGAAGGCCCAUGACUCCAGCCUGCCAGCCAAACGCAGUAAAGGAGACACUGAGGAGGGCCAGCCUCCACACAGCUAACACACACAGCUAGCUGUAUACUUCUCCAUUUUACGGAGAAUGACACAUUAUUUAUGCCUUCCCCCUUCCAACACCAGACAUCCUGGUCUUGCAUGUCCAUGGCAAUGAUCUGGAAUACUUCCAAACUAUCUGGGAUAUGUCAGAUACGUGUUUCCCUCCCCCAUGGUCUUUUCAGACAUGCCCAUUCCCGGGACUGAGUGGGCCUGGUGCUGGUAUUCCUAAAGGACAGGGGCUGGUGGUGUUUUAGCUAUUUUAAAUGGGACUUUCAGGACUUUUGUCUUUUACAUAUUGUACCAGUUGUCUUACUAUGACCUCAGUGCCAAAAUACUUUGUGUACUGUACUAUGUUAUAUAUUCCAGAUAAAUUGCCAGUUGUCAAGGGUACUGUUUUUUGUCAACACUAAUAGCGUAAUGGUCUGUGAUACUUCUACCUGUAAGUCUCCAUUGUUGCCAACUUUUACGAUUGGCUGAAUAUCACUACUACUUCAUUGCUGUGAAUAGAACAAAUUUCUUCAGUCCAACAUAUUAUACAUUCCCUUCCAUUGGAGUACUAUUCAAUAAAUGACUUCCAACACGA